AUGCGUCCGAACGGUAAAGAUUGUUUCGCGUUGAUGAAUUACGCUCUUCUAUACAACCCCAAUUUAAAAUCAGAGAUGAGUCGUCCUGCAAAUUUCGAACAAACAGCUGUAAAUGUGUCGAUUAACGUGGAAUCUUUUAGAAUGCUCGAUGCACCAUCCAUGUAUUGGUUCGAUACGAGAUUAGGAGCGAAUCAAUACACCUAUGUUAACUCGCUGAAGAGCAAGAUUUGGAAGCCGAAGAUCACAAGUCUGAGCGGCCAACAGAAGUGCUGCGAAGAUGAUGAAGACGCGAUGUUCUGGAGGGUUUACGGUGAAGAUGGAUUGGUUCUUUUAAGUCAAAAGAUGAUGAUCACCAGCUUCUGCAGAACGAACGAAGAUACCAUUCCCUUCGACACUCCCAAAUGCAACAUAUCAUUUGGUUCAUACCGAUUUUUGGAGGAAGAAGUCCGAUUGAAUCUGAGCGACGAUUUCGUGCGAUACGAUGAGAAAGAUUUCUAUUUAAACCAAUUUUCGCUGCUCAACAUAACCGGUUCAUCUUUAACAGUUUUGAGAGAAUCAGGCAACUUCUCCACAGUCGAAAUUACCUUCCUCCUGCGACGAAAUCGUGAGAACUACAUUAUGUUCAUAGUGAUACCUUGUCUGAGCGCAAUGGUCAUGCUAUACUCUACAUUGUGGAUCAACAAUAAAAUCGUGCAAAGAGGAAUGAGCGCAUUCAUCUUGCUCUAUUUUAUUUUCUUGCUAUACAACGUGACCAGUUUGCUGAACGGUAACUCUGUCAACGUUCUCAGCAAGUUCGUGCUGAAAAAC